GUGCAGCCGUUCCUGCCGGGCUGGUUGGCUGAGCCCAGCUGCGUCAGGAAAGACGUCUCCGGGAAUCUCACCCCCCUGGAGGACGUCCCCGAGGUGCACCCCGACCUGCAGAGGCAGCUGCGGGCGCAGGGCAUCUCCGCCUACUUCCCAGUCCAGGCGGCCGUGAUCCCUGUGGUCCUGGAGAGCGCCGCCAGUGGCUUCCUGGUGGGCAGAGGUGGCUACCAGCCGCGUGACCUCUGUGUCUCCGCCCCCACGGGCAGUGGGAAGACCCUGGCCUUCGUCAUCCCUGUGGUGCAGGCCCUGUUGCAUCGAGUAGUCUGUCAGAUCCGCGCCCUGGUUGUGCUGCCCACCAAGGAACUGGCCCAGCAGGUGAGCAAAGUGUUCAACAUCUACACGGACGCCACGCCCCUGCGGGUCGCUCUCGUCACGGGACAGAGGUCACUGGCCAAGGAGCAGGAGGGCCUCGUGCAGAGGACGGCGGAUGGCUACCGCUGCCUUGCGGACAUCGUGGUGGCCACCCCUGGCCGCCUGGUGGACCACAUCGACCAGACGCCGGGAUUCCACCUCCAGCAGCUCCGCUUCCUGGUCAUCGACGAGGCUGACCGCAUGGUGGACAGCAUGCACCAGUCCUGGCUGCCGCGGGUGGUCGCGGCGGCCUUCCAGAGGGAGGGCCCCGGGGACCUCUGUUCUGUGCUGCAGAGGAGCCAGCCCCCGGCUGUGACGGCUGCCAGCACCUGCCGCCCCCAGGUGCCUCUGCAGAAGCUGCUCUUCUCCGCCACCCUGACCCAGGACCCUGAGAGGCUGCAGCGGCUCGGCCUCCACCAGCCCCGGCUCUUCUCGUCAGGACAGGCGCACGGGGGCUCGCGAGACGGGGAGGAGCGUGGGGGCUUGGCAGGGAAGUAUGACUUCCCCGCAGGGCUCACGCACCACUACGUGCCCUGCCGCCUCCGGUCUAAGCCGCUGGUUGUGCUGCACCUGAUCCUGGAGCUGAAGUUCUCCAGGGUCCUCUGCUUCACCAACUCGAGAGAGAACUCCCACAGGCUCUUCCUGCUGGUGCAAGCUUUCGGCGGUGUGAGCGUGGCCGAGUUUUCCUCCCGCUGCGGGCCUGGCCAGCGGAGGGGCAUCCUGAAGCGGUUCCAGCAGGGGAAGAUCCAGCUCCUGGUGAGCACGGACGCUGCUGCCCGAGGCAUUGACGUGCAGGGCGUGGAGCUGGUGGUCAACUACGACGCGCCCCAGUACCUGAGGACCUACGUGCACCGUGUCGGGAGAACAGCUCGGGCCGGGAGAACUGGACAGGCCUUCACGUUGCUCCUCAAAGUGCAGGAGAGGCGGUUCCUCCAGAUGUUGGAGGAAGCUGGCGCCCCCAGGCUGCAGCGGCAUGAGACCCCCAGCGAGCUCCUGCAGCCGCUGGUCCCUCGGUACGAGGCAGCCUUGUCCCAGCUGGAGAAGACCGUCAGGGAAGAGCAAAAGCAGAAGGCCACCUAGGCCAGGGCCUCCGAGGUGUGGAGGGAGCCUCCUGCUGGCACGGGUCAGCGUCUUCAUCUCCGUGGACAUGUGCCGGGUGGAAGGCCCCACCCCCCCUGCACACCGUCUCCUCUGUGAAGCAGCAGCUCGGGCCUGGGCUUGGGUGCCAGCCUGCAGCCCCAGUCCCCUGGGUCAGAUUGGUCCUCCCAGAAAUAAAGGGAAAUGGAAGAGUCCCCCAGGACAGGG